AACUAAUACAUCCCUAGCUAUAUUAGGAUAUUAUUGUAUGCUCUGAGACAGUUUUAAUACUUGUGUGUUGAGAAUUUGUGUGAUUUUUAUGAAUAUUUCAUUAUAGCCCAUAUAACUGAGCCAGAAAAGGACAUUGUGGAAUCUCAUAACUGCUUUUCUUCCAGGACUCUUUCUUACAUUUUACAACAUGUCUGAUAAGCCAAAGGUGUACCAGGGCGUGCGGGUGAAGACAACUGUCAAAGAGUUGCUGCAACAGCAGAGAGCUCUCCAGACAGCAAUUAAAACAGUUAGAAUGAAAUCCCAGAGCUUGGCGAGUCAGGAUGUUUGCGUCUCCUCCUCCUUGCCAGGCCAUUAUUUUGAUUAUUUCCCUCAAGAGAUGAAUUCCAACGGCAGCUUUCAGCCGCGGGCCUUUCCAGACAGCAACGUUCAGAUGCAAAGCUUCGAUAAUCAACAAUUGAUAAGCAUGACGAUGCCCAACGAGACCUACAGCAGUGGUAUUAUGUAUCCCGCUACUUCAACAAAACUUUGGCCCCAGGAAAAUCACUCCCUGAAUAUGGACUAUUGCGUCAAUGGCAUGGCUCCCAGCUCACCAUCAGGUUCUCUAAAUAUGUCAAGUCCGGUCGAUUACAAUAGUUAUUCGCCACAGGAGUCUUACUCUUCGUCGUGUUACAACUCUCCGAACAGGAUGGACUCGAGUUAUGGGUUUGUUCCAGAGCACUACCACUACCAGCACUGUAACCUCCAGCACUGCUACUGCCUGUCCCAUUGGUCGGGUACACAGGAGAGCAUCUCCACUCCAGAAUACGCUAUUUAUGGCACAACAGACUGUGUACACGCCUCGCCUGUGGAUGCCAGCUAUUUCAGGCGGGAAUUGUCAAGUUCAGAGAUGUGUUACCUUUAAAGAUACUCUCGGUCUUUGUUUUCUGUGUAAAUACAGUAGAAUGUACAGUGAAAACAAUGUCUGUAACUCGAUGUCAAACGGUUGCACUUGUGGCACUUGUUUGAAGAUGUAGGCCUGCUUUGCAUUUCGGAGUGUUUGCUGUCAAAGUUUCCUCGGAGUUUCUGUUUUUGUUAUGAUUGGAAGAAUGCUUUUAGAAUUCAUGAGUUUGGCUAAAUGUUGCAAAUGUAUGGGCUUAGAGCUAUCUAGUUAGUUACUGACUGUGAUUUAGAUAUAUAAAAACAUUUUUUUUUUUACAAGAAAGUAUAUAUAUUUUUUUAUGGAUGCAUUCAUUUAGUAAAAUAAUUGAAAGGCCGACCCAAAGGAAAUUAGCAGCAUCAUCCCCAUCAACUCAAUGUUUCGUUUCCCUGUUCAGAUGCACACAGAAACUUAGUUAGAAACAUUAACUUAAAUUGAGUUUUUCAAGUCAUUGAAUCAUAUUUACGGCUAAAACCAGCCCCUUGUUGGACCCAAAUAAAAACCACUACACCUGCCACCACA